AUGUCAGCUCUGGAAUACUGUGAAACGUUCGGAACAUGUGGGAAGUCUUCAUGGAAAAAUGUUCACAAAUGUAAAGUAUGCCACCACUUUACAACUGUCCUUACCCUUAUGAUCAGCCACGUGAGACGACACCGUUUUCCUGUGGAACAAUUUACGUGCGACAACGCCAAAAUUGAAGCUUAUUACUGUAAAGAUUGCGAUUUUAAAACGGAACUAACAGUUUUGUUCAAAGAACACAUUAAUAAAUAUCAUGGGCUUAAGAGAGAAUCUAGAGACGAUUUAUUAAGUGAGGACUUCCACAUACAAAAUUACGUCUGCGAAAAAUGCGACUUUGAAACAAAUCUUUCGUUGAAGUGGCUUCAGCAUACUUUAACAUGCACGAGAAAUAAAGAAAAUCCUCGAAGUGUGACUUCUUCGUCACAGAAUGACACAUACAGUUUCGAUUUCAAGCGAACUGACGAAACAAGUUGGUAUUACUGUGUGCAAUGUUCCUACAAAGCUAAACUCAAAGGUACUUUAAAAUCUCAUAUUAUGACAAAACACGAGAUGAACAAGCGAUAUGCAUGCGAAAAGUGUCCAUUUAAAUGUAGAGGGAAAUCACAUUUAAAAAUACACAUAAAUCGAACUCAUUUAGAUGAACAAGAUGUUGAAUGGCACAAGUGCAACAAGUGUGUAUUCAAGGCCAAAGCAAAAAGUAAUUUAACGAGACAUGUAAAAAGACGUCACUUGAACGAUGAAGACGUUAGAUGGUAUAAAUGCAAUGAGUGUCUUUUUAAAACUAAAGCUAAAAGUGAUCUAAAGAAACACGCAAUUAGAAAACAUCUAGACGAAGAAAAAAUUAACUGGCACGAAUGUGAACAAUGCCCAUUUAAAAGUAAAUGUGCGUGGGAUUUAAAAAGGCAUAUUGUUUUUAGACAUUUGGAUGAAGAAAACGUUAAGUGGCAUCAGUGUCAUUAUUGCCCAUAUAAGGCGAAAUCCAAUGCUAUUUUAAAGUGCCAUAUAAAUCAUCGCCAUUUGGAUGAAACUGAAAUUAAAUGGUACAAAUGCAAUGAGUGUCGUUUCAAAACUAAGUAUAAAGUUUGUUUAGAGAGACACGCAGUUACAAAACAUCUAGACCAAGAAAAAAUUAACUGGCACGAAUGUGAAAAAUGCUCAUAUAAAACUAAAUAUGCGUCGGAUUUAAAAAGGCAUACGAUUUUGAGACAUUUGGAUGAAGAAAACGUUAAGUGGUAUCAAUGUGUUCAUUGUCCAUUUAAGACGAAAUUAAAUCCUACAUUAAAGUGCCAUAUAAAUAGCCGCCAUUUGGAUGAAACUGAAGCUAAAUGGUACAAAUGCGAACACUGCCCUUACAAAAGAUCUAAAUAUCUUGGGUCUCUCGAGGAACACAGAGGGUGGAUGGACUUUGUUGAUUACUGCAUUAGGAACGCAGCGAGUUUGCUGAUCUUCUAUUUUUGGGAUCAUACUUUUUAUAUUUUCCCGGGCCUAGUAAUACAUCAGUUGCAACCUAUUUUGGAAGACUGGAUCCUCUACAUGCAAGUCGGCCUCACCGGAAGAUAG